AGUGUCAAGUCACAGGAUAAAGAUUUCCUGGAUUAAAAAAAAAUCUAUGUUUAAUUACUGUUUUAGAGGUAUGUAAAUGAAUAAGUAUUAGUAUUACCAGGAGCAGAUCCUGAAAUGUGUUCGAACAGUUUGGAAAAAAAGUUGAUGUUCGAGAGUGAGUGAUUGAUACAAAGAUGGAAAUUUCUUCUAACCUGAAGAAGUCAAGAAAAUUAUACACAUUUAAGUGGAAAUGGUGUGUGACUUGGAUGAGUGAGUCAUAGUCACUGUUAGGACCCAACAUGGAUGCCCAAGGGUGACGUAGUAAGGAGAAAACUUUCCCUGAGGUACCAGUUGGCGGUUCAAUGAACACUGCAUUUCCCUCUUUCUCCAGAAGAUACACCAGCUUCAUGGAAGCAGAAAACUGUACACAGGUGUCAAAAUUCCUGCUCUUGGGCCUCUCAGAUGAUCCUGAACUGCAGCCCAUGUUCUUUGGACUGUUCCUGUCCAUGUGCCUGGUCACGGUGCUUGGGAACCUGCUCAUCAUCCUGGCUGUCAGCUCUGACUCCCACCUCCACACCCCCAUGUACUUCUUCCUCUCCAACCUGUCCUUCAAUGACAUCUGCUUCAUCUCUACCACGGUGCCAAAGAUGCUGGUGAACAUCCAGGCACAGAACAAGGACAUCUCCUACAUAGAGUGCCUGAUACAGGCAUAUUUUUUAAGUACUUUUGCUGGAAUGGAUAAUUUCCUACUGACCAUGAUGGCCUAUGACCGCUUUGUGGCCAUCUGUCAUCCACUGAAUUACACAGUCGUCAUGAAUCCCCGGUUCUGUGUCCUCCUGAUCCUGCUGUCUUGGUUCAUCAUUUUCUGGGUCUCUCUGAUUGAUAUUCUACUGGUGAAGAGACUGAACUUCUCCACUAGCACUGAAAUCCCACAUUUCUUUUGUGGAUUGGCUCAGCUCCUUAAUGUGGCCACCUCUGAUACCCUUAUCAACAAUAUCUUUCUGUACGUGUCAACUGCCCUGUUAGGUAUGUUUCCUAUGACUGGGAUCCUCUUCUCUUACUCUCAAAUAGUCUCCUCCUUGAUGAAGAUGUCCUCCGUCGCUAGCAAGUAUAAAGCAUUUUCUACCUGUGGGUCUCACCUCUGUGUGGUCUGCUUGUUCUAUGGAACAGGGCUUGUGGAAUACCUCACUUCUGCUGUGACCCAUUCUUCCCUGAGAACCAUGAUUGCCUCAAUGAUGUACACUGUGGUCACCCCAAUGCUGAACCCCUUCAUCUACAGCCUGAGGAAUAAGGAUGUGAAGGGGGCCCUGGAGAAACUCCUCAGCAGAGCAGCCCCUUGUCCCUGAUGGACCACUGACCUCUAGUUCUGAGGAACUAGAGUCUGUACCAUAAUGAAAAUGUGAACUUGAAUAUCUAGGCUCUUUUUUCAUCCCUAAAAUACAUGCUUAAUUUCUUCUAUUUGCUAUGACUUCUUUUAUGUAUAUUUUUGUAUAUAUUUCUCCCCAACAACUCCCUUACUAACCUCUUUUCAGUUUUCUUCUUUAUACAUGGCUCAUAAAGUUCCAAGAUUGGUGAAAUUUCUUAUAGGCAAUUUCUGAAAUUUACACUUUUAUGGGAAUGGUUAAAUUAAAUUGACCAAACUAUCUUAUGUACAUAUAUGAAUAUAUCACAGUGAAUUUCAACUUUAUGUGUGUGUGUGUGUG